AUGUCAGACAACGAGGACAAUUUUGAUGGCGAUGACUUUGAUGAUGUGGAGGAGGAUGAAGGACUAGAUGACUUGGAGAAUGCUGAGGAGGAGGGCCAGGAGAAUGUGGAGAUCCUCCCCUCUGGAGAGCGACCGCAGGCCAACCAGAAGCGGAUCACCACACCAUACAUGACCAAGUAUGAGCGAGCCCGCGUGCUGGGCACCCGAGCCCUCCAGAUCGCGAUGUGUGCCCCCGUGAUGGUGGAGCUGGAGGGGGAGACGGAUCCCUUGCUUAUCGCCAUGAAAGAGCUCAAGGCCCGGAAGAUCCCCAUCAUCAUCCGGCGCUACCUGCCUGACGGCAGCUAUGAAGACUGGGGGGUAGACGAGCUCAUCAUCACGGACUGA